AUGCAGAUUGCCCGUCUAGUUCGUGAUUCAAUGAGGAACAAACCAGAGGAAAAGAUUUGCAAACAAUUUGCUGCCACCGGCUCAUGCCCAUACAGCCCACGAUGCCGCUUCUCUCACCAGCUUCAGUCUGCUUCGCCGCCACCAACCCACCAAACAUCCUCCGCUUCCACAUCUCAAACCACCACGACCGCCGCCCCUGCCGCUGACUGGUCGCCUCUGGACGACGGCAUUGAGGUUAAGUUGCCAGGUUCUUCAUCAACAGACAAGCCGCCAUCAAGGGAAGAGGUGAACGCUUCUAUUAACCGCUUUCUCAAUCGUCCGAUGAAACCGAGGAGGAGGAGACUGACGGUGUUUGAAGAUUUUUGCCCUAGCCGCGACAAGAACUAA